UAUCAAUCGGUCAAGAACGUUUGUCGAGCGCGGACACGGAACGGAAUAUAACACAGUUAAUGUGUGCAUUCGUGUGUGUAGCAAUACAGAAUACACACACACAUGUACUCACAUAGAGCUCGGUGCAGAGUGCGAUAAUCAAAAUAAAACACACAAAAAUUAUUUUUAUUGUCGUUUCGUACAUGUCAGAAACGCUGAUAGAAUGAACAACGAGCGUCAAUGCAGCGCGUGCAAAAAAUCAAAGUAAAUAAAUACAAACUAAAAAAUUAAAUAUAUUUCAUCAAAAAGUAGUUGUGUUCAUAAUUCAAUUAGCGUGCAAUGAAAACAAAUCUUAAAAAAACGAGAACAAAACGCGUUUUGGUCAUGCAAACUUUACUAAAUUAAAUCAGAUGCCAGGCAUUAAUUUAAACAAACUCGCUUAGGUAAUGCGCGAACUAGUUUCAACAUUCAAUCACAUAAAAGAACAACAACACCAAACAAAUCUGCAUAAAUAAAUACAGCAUCAAACAUUCAAAAUACAGAAAUAAAAAAAAUAAAAUAAAAAAAACCCUGCCAAAUAUAAAGAGUGCUGGAAUUUAAAAAACAAGAAUUCUAACGCUGCCGUUAACGUCGACAUCGACGCGACGUCUGUCCAACAACUCUGUCUCUCUUUCCCCCCAGCUGAAACACUCAUACACACACAUACGCCCAUAAAGGAGCGUGCGCGCACAUGUGAGAGAGCUUUUCUUUGCUGUAUUCCAACUGCUCAACGCUUGCUUUGAUCAGUUGUUCGCAACGCGCUCAGCUGCUUGGUUGAAAUCACCGCAAAAUUGACAGCAACAACAGCAACGUAAACAAAAGCGCCCACAAAAGCUUUUAAGUUGUUGUAAAUUUUUGCCAUAAUUAUUAAGCAAAUUUACGCUAUAUAUACAUAUACAUAUAUAGAUAUAUAUAUAUAUUGAACCUCACAACGUGUGCCAUCGAGUAACAGUGUUGUCUAACAGUUGAAGAUAAAGCAAGAAUAGCUUCACUAUUUAAAUUCUCAAACUUCAAGUCUUACGUCAACAACAAUAACCACAGCAGAACAAAUUCGAUUCAAAGUAUAACAAUUCAUUGAGUUAAUGUUUUUGUUUCUGGUGACAAGCUGAUAAGAUUUCGCCGCGAGUGUAUAUAUACAUACAUACAUAAUAUAUAUUAUAAUUUUACUUAUCAAAAUUUAUAGUGUGCGUAGUUCUACUCUUAUAAAUAUUAUACCCAUACACAUAUAAAAUAUUUCUGUUUUAAUCGCCACAUGUGUGACCCAAUUUAUAAAAAAGAAAAAAAAUUUAAACAACAAAAAGCGUGUUUAACACCAACAGAGAAAUACACAAUUUACAUAUGAAACAAAUCAAGCUCCAAUGCAUGGGCACGCAUACGAAUUAAUUAAUGAAAGAAAAAAUGCGUUAAAGAAAAUGUUUGUAUAAACAUUGCGAGCAAUUUGCUUAACAAUUUUUUAUGUAUUAUUCGUGGUCUUUAAAAAUAUAUAAAAUCAACCCAACGCGGAAGUUAAAAACGAUCGCUCUAUAGACGAUUUACAACACUAUCAACGCGCCUUAACUGCAAAUUGUUUAUACUUUUAUAUACAUGUAUAUAAAUAUAUAGUAUAUCAUUUUAUAACUGAACGCUGCUAAAUUACAAGCAGCUCUAAAGCAACUGCGCAGUCGCCGCGCAGCGCCUGGGCGCCAGGCGCUCAACAACAACAACUAUCAUCCAACAACAGCCAGCAGCAACAACAAUAAUUAAAUAGUUGGGAGCAGCCACGCCUUCUGCCCACCUUCGCCCACGGCAUUGAUCUCUACAUUAGUGACGCCAUGACUGAGAAUCAGGUAUAUCCCAUGUCAUCGGAAUUCUUUGACAGUGGCUCGAACAGCAGCAGCAAUCCGUUGAAAUACGAAUUAUAUGCACUGGCCACGCCCUCGCUGAGCAUACAAACCGGCAGCUACAACAACAGCAGCAGCAACAGCAACAACAAUAGCAACAGCAACAGCAACAACAACAAUUCGAGUGCCAUUUCGAGCAGCAGCAACAGCUACACAUCAAAUGUAAUGCUGAGCACAACGGCAAUUAGCAUACCGCGCAGCAACAAUUCCAAUCAGAGCCACCAUCAUAGCCACCACCAUCAUCCGUAUCAGCAGCUGAGCGGAACGCCAACAUUGACACCGACUCCACGCCAGCAGCAGCAUCAUUUGCACAGUUUGCCCAGCAUGGCGCAGCAGCAACAAUUGCAGCAGCAGCAGCAACAGCAGCAACAACAACAGCAGCAGCAACAGCAACAGCAAUCGCUGCAGCUGGGUGAACUCAACGUUUUUGGUUUGGACGCAUUGGAUGCAGCUUCGUUGUCACCAACUCUGCUGCAGGACGUCAGCCUGGGCGCCACCUCGCCUCUGAGCUCCAAUUUGUAUAGCAACAGCGUCAACGAUUCGGGCGGCCACAAUGCUGGUGGCAACAGCAGCGCUGCCGGCGCCGGCGUCGGCAGCAGCAACUAUUUCACGCCCGAUCUGAGCUCGUGCCUCAGCCUGAAUUUGCCAUCGGAGCAAUCGCUGCUGCAGGAUGUGGUCCAUGGCAGCGCAUUGCUCUACGAGAUGACGCCCAACUCGAAUGCCAUGUGGAGCGACAUUAGCAGCGCCAUUGUCCAUACCAAAAACGAGCCAUUUAGCCUAGACGACGAUUACAUCUUUCCCAACGACAAGGCCGAGAUGCAAGCCGAGCUGGCCGAAUUGAAUGGCGGCGAUUUCUUGGACGUGAUGAGCACCAUUGAGGAGUUUCUGCCGGCACAGAACUUUUUGCUAUCGCCGCAAUCGCAAACCCAAGAUGCUCUACCUCUGGAGCUGCUGCAGCAGCAGCAGCAACAUCAGCAGCAACAACAACAGCAGCAGCAGCAGCAACAACAGCACCAGCAGCAGCAACAGGCACAGCUGGAAGUUUUGCUCUCGCAGACCCAACAACAGCAAGCGGACACCUACGAGCUGUUCCACAGCACACCACAGAAGCCGCCAUCUCAGUUGGGCUCGAGCUUCUCGCCGGGCAGCCAGGCAUCGCAGUCGCCACUGACGCCACCCCCACCGCCGCACGCCAGCCGCUCGCAGUACCAGCUGGUCAAGUCGCGCAACAUGCAGGAGCUGGCAAAGAAGGGCAUGGCCAUGUCGUCGCCGCCCGACCGUCACUCGCUGCUCAGCCAGACGGCCGCGCUCAGUCCGGGCGGCAGCAGCAGCGGCUUUGGCAGCGCUGCCAGCGGCAACAGCACAACAACUGCCACGGCAAACGCCAGCUCCAGCUCCCACCAGAGCCCCGGCCAGGUGGUCAUCACGGCAACUGCCGCCACGCCUGGCAACAUGCGCAAAUCCUUUGGCUAUCCAACUGGCGGCUCCUCUGUGGAGAACUCUCAGCUAUCGCGCCUAUCGUCGUCGGCGCCAACGCAUCUGGGCGUGGAGCACAUCUGGAUGCGACGUGAGCCGCGACAGCAUUUACUCUCCACCGGCUCGCUGGCCGAAGCCGAGAGCUUCUCCUCGCUGAGCACCGGCAGCGUCUUGUCGCCCGAUGGCAUCGAUUUCUCCCAGGACGACGACGACGAUGCCUCCAGUGACAACAGCGACAACUACGAUGACUUCAGCAGCGAUAACGGCUCUGGGGAUGAGGACGAAACACGCACAUCGACACCGAAUCAAUUGGCCGGCAGCAAGGGCAAGGAGCGUUUCUUUUGGCAGUACAAUGUACAGGCCAAAGGACCGAAGGGCAAGCGGCUGGUCUUCCAGUCCAAGCUGGAGGAUCCACACUUCCUCAACGAGGUCACUGAUCCCGUGUUCAGUCCCACGUGCUCGGUGCGCGGCAUAAAGGUGUAUAAGCACAGCGGCAAGGCACGCAAGGGCGAUGGCAACGACUUGACGCCGAAUGCGCGCAAGCUGCACAACAUUGGCAAGGAGCUGGACAAGCUGAGUCGCACCAUCAACGACAUGACGCCCGUGUCGGAGCUGCCCUUCAAUGUGCGUCCCAAGUCGCGCAAGGAGAAGAACAAGUUGGCAUCGCGUGCCUGCCGGCUGAAGAAGAAGGCCCAGCACGAGGCCAACAAAAUCAAACUAUAUGGCCUGGAAAUUGAGCACAAGCGGCUGAUGAAUGGCAUCGCAGAGCUGAAGCAGGCGCUGGCGCUGAAGCAUCGCACAAAGAGUCAGGGCGAGUCCACCGAGGAGGUGGAUCAGCAAAUACAACGCAUUUAUGCAACGGCUUCAUCGGGCGUACGCAUUGCGGGCAGCUCGACCGAUUUUGUGAAUAAAGUCUUGGAGAAUAUGCGCGGCGGCAUGCCCAACGGCGGGCUCGAGGAACUGCGCAAAUCAUAGACCAAAUAUUCAAAGCUUAAACGAACCGCCCAUCAAGUCUAGACAUAAGCAUUGACUAACAUCUAGCCAUAGCUCUCGCCAACUAAAUCCCUGUCCUAUAGCCCGGCAAUGUGACCCAGACGAAGCACCCACAACACAACCAAACAAACAAUUUUGAAAAAUGUUCUGCUUGACUGCGUGAUAAUAAGUGAAUGGAAACUGGUGUAGAGAGAAGUGAGGGAGCGAGAAUGUCAAAAAACAAAAAACAAAAACAAAUGAGAAUGUGAGAAAUAGUUGUAACUGUGAUUUAGGAGCCUGGCGUUGCAUGCAGCAGAUAAAUGCUUGUUUGGCCAGCGCUAACAAAUUGAAACGAAAGAAAAUAGAAUUCCCUGGGUAAAACUAAUGUUAAAAAUUUUUAAAAUAUUCUAAAACAAAAUACGAAACAAAAUGUAAAGAAAGAGGCAACCAUACAACAUAAAACCACUACGAAAAUUCGUUUAGUUAUUAAGAAGAAUAAUAAGUUAAAGGAACGAACGCAUGAAUCGAGGAGGUAAAUGCAAAGAAAACGAGUCUAGGAAUUAGCUACCAGUUUUACCUGCUUACGAGAUAAGUUUUUUGAUUUUGUUAAAACAUUUGAAUUGCGAAACAAAAUUAGGCUACACAAUAACAACAAGGAAACGUAUAUAUUUAACUAUAUAACCAUAUAUGAAUAUAUAUAUACAACUGCGAUUUAUUUGUUUAAGUUUUUAUUCUAUAUAUAAACGAUGUAUAAAUUGGUUCAAUGUUUAGAUUUAAGUUUUUUCUAUAUAUCAGUUGGCUAAAAUGAAGAGCUUUUACUUUUAUAUACACAAACAGAUAUAUAUAUAUAUAUAUAUAUAUAUAUAUAUAUAUAUACAUAUAUUUAAUCUAUAACAAUUAUGUUUGUUGGCCCCUCCCGCCCCCACAUACAUACUUUUAACGGUCCUAGGUUGUCAGCUUUUAAGUUUUUGUUUGCGCCUAAGUUAAAAUAUGAUUGAAAGAAAAAGCACAAUGAAAA